AAGGUGCCCGUGAGAAACACCUGAAGAAGCAGAAAGUGAAGCCCAACUCCUCAGACUCCUCUGAGACCAACGGGCCCAACUCCUCAUCAGGCGGUGGGCACGGUUCGGGCACAGCGGCGGCAUCAGUCUCGCUCUCCGCCAGCCAGGACCAGCGCUCGCACCAACGGGAGAAGCUGGAGCGCUUCAAGAGGAUGUGCCAGCUGCUGGAGCGGGUGCGGGACUCCAGCUCCUCCUCCUCCUCCAGCUCAGAGUCGGACUCGGAGUCAGACUCGGACUCUCCAUCGCCCAUUGCCGCCUCUGAGCCAUCCUCUCCGGCCUAUGGGGGCAGCGCCCGCGAGCGGAACCGGCGACUGGCAGAGCUGGGCUUUAGUGCCAGUGAGGAAUCUGAGGGCGAGAGUGUGGCGGAGGUGGAGGCGGAGGGUGUGGAGGAUCCGCAGCGCCGCAGGGCAGAAGGUGCCCGAGUGCGCAGGGCAGCACUGGAGCCUGAGCCAGAGGAGGAGGAAGAGGGUUUGGGGGAUCGCAGAGCCACACCCGUGGCCCCACCCUCACCGCCGCCAAACACCCAGACUCCUCCCUUCACACACACUCACUCCACGAGCACGGACAGCCUGCCCUCCUCCAAGCGCACUAAUGGGCAGGACGCCCGCAACGGCCGCACGCGGGUGGGCAGGGAGCAGCAGGAGAAGGAGAACGCGCACAGCAGUGCUGCGCCUAACCACCGCCACCUGAAGCCUGCCCGCGGCAGCAAGAUGCGUGGCGGAGGCCGGCAGGGGCAGAGCGUGGCGUCCGGGAAGAGCAGCAGUGCGGCGGUGGGUUCUGGCACCGCCAACGGCAGCACCGGCUCCACCAACCUGGCGGGAGCAUCUCUGGUCUCGCACCGCUCGCAACAGCCGCGAGUGGUGCCGCCGCGCUCACAGCUGGUGAAGCGCACCACUGUACCCGUACCCUCGCCCCCGCGCCCGCUGCAGAUGGAGCGGCACCUGGUGCGCCCACCGCCCGCCUGUCCUGAGCCUCACUGCCUGCCGCUGGACAGUGGCGCCACACACGUGCUGCCCAGAGAUGUCUGGCUCCGAGUCUUCCAGCACCUCAACCAGCGGCAGCUCUGCGUCUGCAUGCGUGUGUGUCGCACCUGGAGCCGAUGGUGUUGUGAUAAGCGGUUAUGGACUCGGAUCGACCUGAGCCGCCAGCGCUCCAUCACUCCUCCAAUGCUCAGCAGCAUCAUCCGCCGGCAGCCCGUCGCCCUCAACCUGGGCUUCACCAACAUCUCCAAGAAGCAGCUGAUGUGGCUGAUCAACCGCCUGCAAGGUCUGCUGGAGCUGAAUCUGUCGGGCUGCUCCUGGUCUUCAGUGUCUGCUCUCUGUCAGUCUGUGUGUCCGUGUCUGCGGCUCCUGGACCUCAGCCGCGUCGAGGACCUCAAAGACUCCCACCUGAAGGAGCUGCUGGCCCCGCCCUCCAAUGACACACGCUCAGCUCACGGGGAGAACCGCGGCGGGCGUUUCCAGAACGUGACGGAGCUGCGUCUGUCUGGGCUGGAGGUGAGCGACGGCGUGUCGCGGCUGCUGGUCCGCUAUCUGCCUCAUCUGACCAAGCUGGACCUCAGUCAGUGCAGCCAGAUCACAGACCAGACCAUACACACCCUGACCUCCGCCCUGUCCCCACUGCGCGAGAGCCUCACACACGUCAACCUGGCCGGCUGUGUGAAGGUGACGGAUCAGUGUGUGCCGCUGCUGCGCCGCUGUGCCUCUCUGCAGACGCUGGACCUGCGCUCCUGCCUCCUCCUCGGACCCGACGCCAGCCAGCUGCACAGCUUCCCUGCGGCUCCAGAACAGCUGAACACACUACAGACUCACACACACCUGUAAAUCUCACACACACACACACACACACACUCUCUGCUGUUCUUAAUCUCUAUUUCUGGAUCCAGCAUUCGUGACUGGAGCAGUGGCUCCUCAUAGGUAUGGCGUACAGUACAGAUGUGUACAGAUGUGUGUGUCGUGUGCUGUAAAUCUGAGCAGAGAGACGCUCCGCAGAACCGCACUUGUGUUGCAGAUUCAGAACCGGCCCGUAAUGGACCAGAGAGAGACGUCACUGAUGCCUUCAGGACCACUUAAUAACACUGGCCAGAACCAGAGGCACUGCGGGACCAGUUCAGGAGAACAUCCACGGUCCUGAGACGAGGCCUGAUUUCUGUGUGUGUGUGUGUGUGUGUGUGUGUGUGUGUGUGUGUGUGUGUGCCCAUGAAUGUGUGCAGCCAUUUAUGUAUGUGUGUGCGUGCAUGUGUCUGUGCCCAUGAAUGUGUGUGUGUGUGUGUGUGUGUGUGUGUGUGAGAUCAGUGUUAAUGUAUGAGUAUGUUGCUGCGCUCAGUGUUUCUUCUCUUCUCGGUGUUCGUGCCACACUCGCUGUUGGCUGUCGUGCCACACACACACUCUCUCACACACACACACACACACACACACACACACAGAGACAGCCGCUCUGUCCGUCCCUCUUCAUUCCUGCUGUCCUUCAGUGAUGCUGAAUCUGAUAUUCUGUCACUCGGUAUACUGGAGAUUCACACACCGGUGAUCAUUAAAGCUGCUCUAAACACACACACACACACACACACACACACACACACAUAUACAGUAUACAGUGUCCCUCUGCUCCUCCAGAAUGCGCUCUCGGUGGUCUCGCACUCCUCCAGUAUUGUUGCUCCAGCACAUGCGGGUCUGACCAGUGGCCUCCACAGGGGUUUCAGUUGUUGUUGUUGUUGUUGUUGUUGUUGUUGUUGUUUUUAUAUCUGAUGUUCAGUGCCGUUCGCAUUUAAAGGUGUUUGUGCACAUCUGGGGAAGAGUCGCAGUGGGUUAGUCACAUAUCAAACACUGAGGUGUGGAGCGUCAGCCGGAGUGUUCCUGCGCGCACACACACACACACACACACACACACACACACACACACACACACACACACACACACACACACACACACACACACAGUGCAGAUGAGGUUCAUCACGGCGCCUCCUCCAUCACCAUGUAUGAACCAAACAGUCACCCUAACUCAGUCAUCAUCCUAUAAUAUCUUGCCAAAAUCUCCUGUUUUGGGCGUUCAUAUAUAGUUAAAUAUAUAUCUCUAUAUCUCUUCCUCUGCAUUGAUCCAAGUGACAGAAUCUGUGAAGCAGUGCGCAAAACAAAACAAGGCAGCUACUAUAAGAGUGACUACUGUAAAUGUCUAAUCAAAUAAAGACAAUGAGUUUGUUUUUAA